AAAGAAUCUUUGCCGUUUCCAAUCGUUGAAUAUGCUUGAUAAAAGACUAAAGCUUCACAAGAGUACACAAGUUUGCAGAGUAGUGGGUUUGUCCAAGGUUCCGGGUUUGAAAGUUCUUGUGAGCAUUAUUGUCAAUGUUACUUUAUCGCCAUCACUGGGACGAUUUUAAGCUUGCCAUGGAUAAAACGCACCUCUAUCCUAUUCGACAGAACAGAAAUUACUAGAAGCUAAUUGCCAGGAUCAAUGGAGGGGAGUCGUUCUUUUCGGCCAAACGGUCAGCAGCAAAUUUGGCUUGGUUCCGUCUAUCGAACCUUUUCAACUCACCGAAAGCGUCCGACAUGAGCGUGUCGCUAAUACCGUGGCACCGAGUCAGGGAAUCAGACAGACGUCUGGGUUCACAAUCCUGGCGUUGUUCACUAACAUGCGUGACCUUCCGUCGUUAGUGAUUUUGAGCAUCCGGUUGGCAAGGCAUGCGGGCAUGAGUGUCCUCUUGGGGAAUUGAAUCAGGUGGGUCAUCAGGAGUGGCAUGGGGAUAAUGGCUGAGGAUGAAAUCUUGGAGAUUGUUGCUGGUAAUUUGGCAUUAUGAAGGCGAUAUCAGAGCCAUGGAGCGCAUCGGGUUAAGCGUUUAGAAUUUGGAGAAGGAUGACAAAGCCAUGGUAGGACUUCAUUCUCAUGUAGGCCAUGGCUUUGUGCAGGUCUAUCCAGUUAAUUUCACCUGUGGGCCAAGAUUCGGCGAAAGCACAAAUUUGAAGAAGGAUGAAGAGCCACGAGGCCAUCUCUAUUCUAUGUGAGUUCUUCUGAACUGCAGAUUUUGAGCAUGUCUUUCAGAAUGAAGCUUGCUUAUAUAUUCCAAGGUUCAUGAGCUGAUGAAGGUGCAUAUCUCCUGGGGCUAGUUGGUGGGCAGUUCGAACACGAGGAAAGUGCAUAAGCCUGUUUGGUUAAAAAAGGAGAAGAACCCAAAAUUUAGGACUGGCCAUUCAUACAACAAAAAGGAUUGUAACAACGUUUAAGCCGCAUGUUUUUGUUGAACAUAGGAUCCUGACAUCGGACAGCAAUUUAGUCGUUACUGGGACAUUGUUUGUAGGAGAUUAAGGUAGAUGAUAAGAAUCCCAUUUGCCAUCUACUUCUUUGCAAAGAUCUCCGUUUUGAUAUCAUUGAAAAGGAAUGUCCGCCUGAGUCGUAAAAAGAAGAGGCAAACUCGUCCACGGAUUUCAUCUACCUCAGAAUGAGAUGGACAUGGGUAAAUAAUACGACCUCGGGAAGGCUGUAUGUACAUUAUAUAGAUCGUUGUGUUCAUACAAGGGCAGCUUAUCGACAAGAUUUUCUCUCCUGUGACUGCUACACAAGCUCCACCUUUACAGGGGGAUUGGCAUUUGACAUUGGCGAUGCAACAAAGUUUGUGUUCAUUUUGGUCCUAGCAGGCUGUGAGCUUAUUCAUUUUUCUAGAAAGGAAAAAUAGUAUAAGAAAUAAGAAGGAAUAGGCCAAAACCGCAUCAAUGUGAACUGGAGAAGUUCAAGUGCUAAAGAAAGUUGAAAAGGGAGCACCUCCUCAUGAACUGUGUACAGGGACAUAUGGUGAUAACUUUGUCACAUGCAUCUAAUUGUUCUCCGAAUGAAUUCGCAAUCUUGGAUUGGAAUAUAAAAAUCUCCUAGCUGGAGUCCAUACUAUAUGGAGUUUGAUAAAUUUUUUAUUUUCUCUGGUCUCGCGUCUUGCCCUUCUUAUAAUAAUAUGACACUCUUGCUCUGGAUACCUCUAAGCUUAAAUAGAAUGUGGCCAUAAGACCUCUCUGGAGAUAGCUCACAUAUUUGUCCCCACUGAACCCCUCUCUCUCUCUCUCUCUCUCUCUCUCUCUCAAACACACACACACCAGAAAGAGGCAUGUCGAUUUCACUGCAAUGGAUUCUGGUAGCUGCCCUCUUCUUGGCAACUGUUCCACACAAAUCAGCUGGGGAGUUCGAGCAAUGGUGCGUGGCCGACGAGCAGACCCCGGAUGACGAACUGCAAGCAGCUAUGGACUGGGCAUGUGCACAAGGAGGGGUUGAUUGCACUGCGAUCCAGGUGAACCAGCCUUGCUAUCUCCCCAACACUGUGAGGGCGCAUGCUUCCUAUGCCUUCAACAGCUACUACCAGAAGUUCAAGAGCUCGGGGGGAUCUUGCUACUUCCGCAGUGCCGCCAUGACCACCGAGCUUGAUCCCAGUCAUGGUUCUUGCCACUACGACUACCUUCCAUGAUUCGGAUGCAUGCAGAUCAAUGGGCCAAGGCAGCAUGAUCCGGUCUCCAGGUUUACUUGGAGGAAAUUCAAACCAGAGAGCUUCGUUAUCGUUCUACUUCAUUUUCUUUUCCCAAUGUAUGGACGAUUUCUCCUCAGAAAUCGGUCAUAGGAAUGUUCUUGCUGGAAGUGGUACCUAAAUCAUGCUUGCAAGCGGUUCUUUCCAUUGCCAA